UAUAUAAACAACAAAGACAAGAGAGAGACAAACUAGUUUGAUCGAAGUUUUUCUCUCUCUCUUUGUGUAAUCAUGUCUGCGUUAAUUUCUUGAGCUCAACUUCUCCUUUAUUGAUUAUUUUGCAUGUGGGUCUGUUUCUGAAACAGAGAUCAAGUAAGCCAUUAUCGUCCAGCUCUAACUUCACAUUGCCAAAACGUAACUCACAAGCGAAAAAACCAGCCAAAGUGAGAGCCAUUUCUUUUCAGAUCGCAAACCCUUUACCUCUUUAUAACCAAAACUCCAUUUUCUCAAACUCACUGAGCUAGCUCCAACAAAAUAGCAUAAACGUCUAUCACAAAUAUGGACAAGCUUUCGGCCACCGUUGUUCUUCCCGAGAGAUUCCAGGGUGGCGGGGAUGAUAUUACAGGCCAAGUUGGAAUGGUUUGGCAGCAAACGAAAGCGCCAUUGAUAGUCCCAGUUCUGAGAGUUUUAGUGUUUUUAUGUUUGGCUAUGUCGGUGAUGCUAUUCAUUGAGAGAGUUUACAUGGGCAUUGUUAUCCUUCUGUUGAAGCUGUUUGGAAGAAAACCUGAGAAAAAAUACAAAUGGGAGCCCAUGAAGGAGGAUGUUGAGCUCGGAAACUCAGCUUAUCCAAUGGUUCUUGUCCAAAUUCCAAUGUAUAAUGAAAAAGAGGUUUAUCAACUUUCCAUUGGCGCUGCUUGCGGCCUUUCUUGGCCUUCGGAUCGGAUAAUAAUUCAAGUUCUCGAUGACUCAACAGACCCAACCAUAAAGGCUUUGGUGGAGCUAGAAUGCCAAAGAUGGGCGAGCAAAGGCAUAAAUAUAAAGUAUGAGAUAAGAGACAACAGAAAUGGGUACAAGGCAGGGGCUCUGAAGGAAGGAAUGAAGCAUGGUUAUGUUAAGCAUUGUGAUUAUGUCGCUAUUUUCGAUGCUGAUUUUCAACCUGAACCUGAUUUUCUAUGGCGUACCAUUCCAUUUCUCGUUCAUAACUCAGACAUUGCUCUUGUUCAAGCUCGUUGGAACUUUGUUAAUGCGGAUGAAUGCUUGAUGACAAGAAUGCAAGAGAUGUCACUGGAUUACCAUUUCACUGUGGAACAAGAAGUUGGCUCUUCAACUUAUGCCUUCUUUGGAUUUAAUGGGACCGCCGGUGUUUGGAGAAUCUCAGCUCUCAAUGAAGCUGGAGGAUGGAAGGACCGUACAACCGUGGAGGAUAUGGACUUGGCUGUUCGUGCUAGUCUUAAAGGCUGGAAAUUUGUUUAUGUUGGUGACCUCAAGGUGAAAAAUGAACUUCCAAGCACUUUCAAAGCCUACAGAUAUCAGCAGCACAGAUGGUCUUGCGGCCCUGCCAAUCUCUUUAAGAAAAUGGCAGCAGAGAUAUUUAGAAAUAAGAAAGUCAAUCUCUGGAAGAAGCUAUAUGUGAUUUACAGUUUCUUCUUUGUCCGAAAGAUUGUAGCACAUGUUGUCACAUUCGUGUUUUACUGCAUUGUUAUGCCUGCAACUGUUUUGGUUCCUGAAGUGGAAGUUCCCAAAUGGGGAGCUGUCUAUAUUCCUUCUAUCAUCACUCUUCUUAAUGCUGUUGGCACCCCAAGAUCAAUUCACCUGUUGAUGUUCUGGAUCCUCUUCGAAAAUGUCAUGUCACUCCACCGGACUAAGGCAACAUUCAUAGGUUUGCUGGAGGCAGGCAGAGUAAAUGAAUGGGUCGUUACUGAGAAAUUGGGAGAUGCUCUCAAGUCAAAAUUAGGCCCCAAAGCUCACAAGAAAGCUCAUAUCAAGAUCCGCGAAAGGCUGCACUUGCUGGAGCUUGGAGUUGGAGCUUACCUCUUCUUUGUUGGCUGCUAUGACCUUGCAUUUGGAAAGAAUCACUACUUCAUUUUCCUCUUUCUCCAAUCCAUCGCCUUCUUCAUCGCAGGGAUCGGUUAUGUUGGCACAUUUGUUCCAAACUCUUAGCGAAAUUCCACGUCUAGAAUUGAUCAUUCCCAGUCCAGAAUACAUCAUUCAGUACAUCUCAGGUUCUCCAUUCACAUUGUUACAUUUUCAGAAUACUACACAAGGGUUGGUUUAUUCUUUCAAAUGUUGUUUUGAAUUUGAGCAAAUAUUGGUUACAAACAUUUCACUUUGUAUAGAUAUGGGGAAAAUGUUGGAAUCAAGGAAAGUUAAGGAAAAUAUUUUCAUUGGAAAUGCAAUAGACAAGUGAAGCAGCAAUGUAGUAGAAGCAACAGUGGGGUUUUGAAAAUUAGUAUAUUGUUUGUAAAGUUGUGACUUGAGAUUUUUUUCAUGACAAAAUAAAAUUGGUAAAUUUGAUCUCCUGA